AUGGACGAGGAUCCCCACAAAACUAUAUAUGUACCCGUUGACAUGGCAGUGGAUGUCCCUGUCUAUAUAGCCGGUCUCGGAGCAAACUACCAAGAUGCCCUUCUCACCGGCGGCGAACCCUUGAUGAUGCCCGAGCGUCAAAUAGUUUCCUACCGUCUCCCCGGCCCCGCCACAGAAGGCGACGGCAGAUACAACCAAGGCUGCUUCGUCUACAAAGGCCGCGGCCCGGACCCCCAAAAGAUCCACAACCGCGCCAACGAAGUCGGCGCCAUGCGUCAAGCCGCGCAGUGGGCCGCCCAGGGCAGGCACGAGCACGCCCACAUCCCGGCGCUCUAUGACAGCUUCACCGACUUUCCGCGGGACGGGACGGCUCCAACACAGCCGGUCUAUGCGGCCAUAGAAUUUGUCGAGGGGGAUCAAUAUCGGGCUAGAUACAUCAGAACCGGCUGUGUGGGGUGGUCCGUCCGGCAGAAACGGAGUUUUGUGCGCCAGCUGGCCCUGUUUCGGCUGUCAAUGAUGCACAUGCGUGGAAACAGGAUUUGCGGGGUAAACCCAGAUUUGACCCCGGGUUUGAUGGUAGGCCACAACAUCGCCAAUCGAGACGUCCGCGGUGGUGGAAGGUUGGCCGGCGGCGUCAUGGACCCGCUUUACUACGACAACCUCGGGCCCGUGCGUAGUGAGCGAGCGUGGACGGAGCAGGCUAUACGACGAGAUAUGGAUUACUGGACCACCGAGGUUGACGCCAUAAGGAUGAAGAUAAUGAAGGGCAGGUACAGGUCUGUCUUCGACUGGACGCCAGAAAGCUUCCGCACACAUGUCCAGUACCACGCCUGCCAGGUCAUACUACGCAGGUUCCGCGAGCCCUGGGAGGAACUGGACGCGCCAACCGCCGACUUCCCCUUCUGUUUUGACCACGGCGAUCUGCAAAGUGGAUUCAAUAUCCAGUGCUUCAAGGAUUCGCCACGAAUCCGCGCGAUCAUCGACUGGGAGACGGGAAUGUUUGUGCCCUAUAGCUGGGCCGUCCGAGAUAUAAACCCGUACAGCACCGGAGCGGGAGACUGGGACAAAGAGCUCAAGACGCUUCGAGAAGGUGACAUGCCCUUUGGGACCGAUAUCUACUGGGACCACCACAUCGCCUUCUGGAAGCGGGAAAACCGGUGGAAACAGCGAACCCGAGCCCGCCGCAUGGAGCGGGCACGCAGGAAGGGCACCAGAAUAUCCACCAUGAACGACAACGACUUUGCUGCAUACGGCAAAAUAACCCCGCGAGAUCUCAUGUUUGGGGACACUCUUGACGAGGAGGCAUGGGGUGAGGAGGAGCCGGAUGACCUCGAUCCGUUUUAUGUUUCAGGGAAGAGGGCCUAUGUUCCGCACAGGACUCCGAUACAUGUUGAGCCAGGAACGUGGUAUUAUGAGCCGGUGAUGAAGCUCAUUGAUGAUUUUAUGCAGACCGAAAUGCAUGUCGGACCACUGUGCAAAUACCUGGACCCGUAUGCAGAACAAUGGACUACGAACAACAUGGCGAUGGUCAAGCCUCCUUGA